AUGCCAAAGAGGAAGAACCAACAACCCACGCCCGUAGUUAAGUCGAGAAGGCGCCCUAAGGGUACUGAUGGGUCGGACAACGCUACCUUAGUUCCCGCCCCAAGUCAACUAGCAAAAGAACUAUCAAACACGGGACCCCAGAUCCCAACAACGCCAUUUACGAACGAGCAAUUGCUUCAGAUGUCGCAAGCUGUGGCAGACAUCGUAUCCAGGCAGUCUCAAUGCAUGCCCAUAGAGCCCCUCCUGCCAAGCUUGCCUGCGGAUAAGCCGAGUACAGGUACAGAACCUGAGAUAUUUUCUAGUAAAUAUCUUGCUCAAACGCAGAGUUAUGACAAUGAUUUGGGGCACAUGGUGCCAAAUAGAUUGAAACACAAAAUUGUAAAUGGGGAAUAUAUCAAUUUGGGGCUGUUGGUUGAAAAUUCUAAGGGGGUUGAUACCAACGAUGACACUAAAUAUUUUUCCAUGAAAGAGGGUAGCCUUACUUUGGCCUCUAAGUCCAAAGCUAAGGUCAUAACCAAUAUACAGGUUUCGACUGAUGCUUUCCUCAUCUAUGCGUCAAUAUAUGCUUCAGCACAUCCUGAGAGGAGGGCCCAACUAUUUAAAUAUAUCCAUACCAUUAGGCUGGGGGCAAGUAGAGUUAAGACCUUAGGAUGGCGCGAUUAUGAUGUUAAAUUUAGGUUGAAGAAGGAGGCUAACCCUUCCUUUUCAUUUGCUGUUGUUGACCAAGAGCUAUGGCUCCUGUACAUGUACAAUACAACAACCACCCAGUCUUCCUACAGCCAGGCAUCGCUCCUAAAGUGUUAUGAUUUUAAUUACAAGGGGCAAUGUAGCAAAUCUCGGUGCCAAUAUAAACAUGAAUGCAUAUCAUGUUCACACAAUCACCCCUACAUCAGGCAUAAGACAUCCUCAGGCACCGGUUUAAAUUUUAGGUCUGGUGAUAUGCAAGCAACUUGGCGACCUCAGCAACCCAAGAGAUCCACACAACCAAGCUUAACUAGUAGAGCCCCUCAUGCCCAGUCAUUUAGACCUCACUAA